UAUGUGGACGCUAUAUGAUAGUGAAACGCCUCCUCUGAACGCCCCUUGUGAAGCGCAGGCAGUUGAGUCACCCAAGACGGAGUGCAGAAAUUCUAACAUUCAAAUGGUUGACUGCUUCAGGGACGGAAGCGAGAAGAUUUUGUGUUGCGAGAGCUAAUGCAGCAUGCUCAGUCAGAAUCCAAUGAUUAAUUGAUCGGUACAGCCGGACCUCUCGUGGACUAUGGUCUUCCUGUGAACUGGAGGCGUGCUGCUCGCUGUACGAAGCUCGGUGGUAUCUCGGUGCCAAUUCGAAGAGGAGUUUCGAGGCUGUAAAUCAAUGAGGAAAGAGACUGAUGCGAAGGGCACUGCAGAAGAGGGGAACCAGCUGCACUCACGAGCGAAUGGAGAAAGAGUAGAAGAUGCUAGCUCUGAAUCGUCACAAGAUGGGUCUCAUUCUGGCCAUGGAUCGGGCUCUUUGGGAGCAAACAAGGCUCGAUUGGAACAGAUUUCCGUCGCCCAGCAAGAGCAGGCUAAGUCGAAUUCCAAGUACGUGCAUAGGUUGCAGGAGCAGAUUUACGGUAACUUUUGGAGCGUCCCUCCGAUUCGUUGGGCCACGAUAACAGCAAACCAAGACAUCCUGGAGCGUAUCAGAAUUCUGAAUGUUGUGCAGGAAAAGGGAAGAGAAGACUCACUGUUUGUCGAGCUCCUGCACGGCGUCAACGAAGAAGGAAUGAACUGCCUCCAUCUCGCGGCGAACAGAGGGCACUGUCUUGAGAUGACGCAUCUGCUUCAGCACCGGGACCAGCUGUGCAAAAACCUCCUGAGCUUGAAGGAUCAACUGCGCAGCACAAGAAAUUUCAAAUCGCUACAAUCGGUGCAACGCGAGUUGAACUUCGAAGAGGUUCUGAAGUUUUUGGUGUCCAUUCCAGGCAUAGAUCUGAACGCCGUCGACAAGAAGGGAAACACACCGCUGAUGGUGGCCUCCCAUUGCGGCCACGUGAAGGCAGUCGAUAUUCUGCUCGAAGCAUCUGCGAGGAUGGACAUCUUGAACGAGGAGGGUCUGAACUGUCUGCAUGCGGCCGCAUCUGCAGGACAUACUUCCGUGGUGGAAAGAAUUGUGCACAAAGCAGGUCUCCUUGAUAUGAGAUUCUUGAACGUGAAGUCCGGAGGUGAUCACGAGUGGACGGCGUUGCACUUCGCCGUGGCAAGCGAUCGGAUCAACGUGUUGGAGCUGCUGCUGGGAUAUCCCGACAUAGUUGUGGACACGAAGGACAACGAGGGCUGCACGCCACUGCUGCUUGCGACUUCACUGGGCUACGUUCAGGCCGUCAAGAUUUUGCUCCGCAAGGGUGCGAACACGCAGAUCAAGAACGACAAGGAGUUGAAUAGCAUGCAUGUCGCAGCAUCCCAAGGUUACAUCGAGGUGCUGAAAGCUCUCAGGGAAAUCUCAGCUUCUCCUCCUGCAGCAGAAACAUUCAUCCCUUCGGCUCCGGUUGCGCGUGUUUCCUUCUCCGUGGACACCUACAACUACGUGCCACAGCAGCACACGGAUCAUCAAAAUUUCGUGAGCCGUCCGACGAUUGCAGCAGAAUCAUACAAAAUGUCUCCAGAACCUUCAGCCCCGGUUGCGAGUGGUACCUUCUCCGUGAACACCUACAACUAUGUGCCGGAGCUGAACACGGAUCAUAAAGGUUUCGUUAGCCGUCCGACGAUUGCAGCAGAAACAUACAAAACGUCUCCAGAAUCUUCAGCCAUGGUUGCGAGUGGCAACUUCUCCAUGGACAAUCACAACGAUGUACCGGUGCCGCAGACGGAUCAUAAAAUCUUCGUGAGCCGUCCGACGAUUGCAGCAGAAACAUACAAAACGUCUCCAGAAUCUUCAGCCACGGUUGCGAGUGGUACCUUCUCCAUGGGCAAUUACAACGAUGUACCGGUGCCUCAGACGGAUCAUAAAUUCAUGUUGAGCCGCUUGAAGAUUGCAGCAGAAACAUACAAAACGUCUCCAGAAUCUGCAGCCGCGGUGGCGAGUGGUUCCUUCUCGGUGGAAAGUUACAACAAUGUACCGGUGCCACAGACGGAACGUAAAUAUUUUGUGAGCCGUCCGUCGAUUGCAGCAGAAACAUACAGAACGUCUCCAGAACCUUCAGCCUCGGUUGCGAGUCGUGCCUGCCCCGUGGACACCUUCAACAAUGUGCCGGUGCCGCAGACUGAUCACAGGAAUUUCGUAAGCCGUCCGACGAUUGCAGCAGAAAUCUGCAACAAAGCACCAGAAUUUUCGGCCAGUGGUGCCCGUGUGCCCAUCGCUGAGGAGAGCUACUAUCAUGCAACGGUGCCGCAGACGGAUCAUAGGAAUUUCGUCAGCCGUCCGACGAUCUCGGCUGAAACCGGCACCAAAGCGCGUGGACCUUCGGCCACUGUUGCCCGUGUGCCUGUCGCUGAGGAGAGCUACAAUAAUGCAUCGAUGUCGCAGGCGGAUCGUAAGAAUUUUGUAAUCCGUCCGACGACUGCAGCAGAGAACUGCAACAAAGAGCUCGAACCUUCGGCCACUUUUGGCCGUGUGCCCGUCGCUGUGAAGAGGAACCAUCAUACAACAUUGAGGCAGACGGAGGAUGAUGUGGUAAGCCGUCCGAGUUUUGCAUCAGAAAACUGCAACACAUUUACUUCAGAACCUUCAGUCAAGCUUACUCCUGUGCCGUUCGCAAUAGAGGACUACAACAAAGCAAUUGCUCCGCAGAUUGAACAGAGGAAUGUAUAUUGUCCGGGGAUUUUAGAAAGAGAAGUUGUAGCUCCAUUGCCGCUACCAUCGAUAUCAGAUGUGAAGUCUGAGAAGGAUGCACUCUAUUAUCGCGAUCAAGUUGUCCACGAAUCUAGGACAAGAAGCGACGAGAUUUUGCAGAAUCUAGCCAAACUGAGCGUGGGAGGUGAAUAAACGCAGUCUCAGUCGAAAUUUAAACAGAAUUUUGUUCCAUAUGUAUAAAUUGUUGAAGGUUGUCGGUGUUUCGGGUUGAAGACUUAGGUAAGUAUGUCUGAGUGCAAAUAUCGAGCUUCCACUUACUUCACUUUCAGAUAUGAUGUCCAUAGACUAUAAGAUAGAUUACCCGCGGAUGUAGCAAAGGUAGCCUCUACAAUUUAAUUCAUCUCUUUUAAAACGUCGUUUCAAGAUUAUU